AUGACACAUCUCCAGCAGAAACCGACUCGCGAGCGCUCCAACUACGAUCGACCGCGCAUCGAAACUAAUUCACUGAAGGAUUCCCCGACACCUGGCAAGCGUGGCACGAAACGAUGCGUUGACGCACUCGAUCGCAACUUUGACUCCUCUCCGAAGCGGACUCGGCGAUCUCCUAGGCUCUCUCGUGUGGAGACUAUAUCAGACAAACCCGCGACUAACUACGAGCCGACUAACCCGAUCGAAUUUUGGGCAAGAGAAGGGCAGUGGCCGCAAGAAUAUCCUGAACUUGAUAUGGAGCACUUACUUGCCCGGAAAAAGUCUUUGUCGUCUCUUGGUCGCAAGCGGUCGAACUCUACUACGUCCACGACGCCUAGCGAUCAGAAGCCGAGGGAGGAGAAGAGUGUGCCCUACCGAGAUCCGCGCUAUAAGGCUCUACUUGCAACUAAGGACAGUUUCAUGCAUCCUCCCCGUCACUCGUCUUCUACUUUCAAAGACAGGCUAUGCCCCCUUUCGAAACGUUCCCCAGCCCGUCGGAUUCCACGCCGUCGUGAUACUCCAUAA